AUGUGCUGGUGGCAGAUGAAGACAGGAGUAUGCAUUGACAUGACCGCCUUCCCGAACCGUUCUGCCAGCAGAAAGCAGAUGGAAGGCGAUAGAGUGGAGCAUUACCGUAUCGGGCAGGCAGUCGAUCUAUUAUCGAUAUCGCUCUUUGUUUAUCUUCUCUACAAAAUGCCAUCUCUGAUACUCGACAAUGGUCCAUUAUUGUCAUCAUCAGUCACAACCGACAAAGCCGCCGACAUCCUCCAAAAUGACACGAGGGCCAAGCUCGCAGGCAUGGACCUCGACGGCAUGCUCCGCGGCAAGCUCGUUUUAAGGAGUCUCCUCUCCAUUGUCGCCGACGGAGUCCGCUUCUGCUCUGUAAUCUUCGGCUGGGACAUGUACAAUACCGAAUCAACUCCUACAAACGGCUCGUGGGAACUUCUGGGGCCGGUGACGGUGUCCUGGGGACUGGGACGUCGGGCCGUGCCGGUUCGCACGAUCAGUCUGCCGACGGCGAGCGCGAAGCCACGCGGUUAG